CCUUCAUGGUUGUAUAUUUUCACAACGUGUUUUUAUUACGUGUAACAAGUUGAAAACGAGGCAUUCAACAAGAAGAGAACGUUGGAAAAUUUGGUUUCUUUCUACAAAAAUUUGAAAGAUAAAACGAGGAUAUUUAUCUAGUUUUUGUCUGUAUAAAUUAAGCCUAGUAUGGCACCAAACAAUGUGUUGCCAAUAUGGGGCAACGAGAAGACAAUGAACCUGAAUCCUCUUAUAUUAACAAACAUCCAGUCAUCGCCAUAUUUCAAACAGAACCUUUACGAGUUAAAGACAUACCAUGAAGUGAUAGAUGAAAUAUAUUAUAAAGUCACACAUUUAGAACCAUGGGAGAAAGGCAGUAGAAAAACUGCGGGUCAGACAGGAAUGUGUGGUGGGGUACGAGGUGUUGGUGCGGGAGGUAUAGUGUCCAGUGCUUACUGUCUCCUCUACAAACUCUUUACUUUGAGACUGACAAGAAAACAAGUGAUGGGGUUAUUAGAUCAUUCCGACUCGCCAUAUAUACGUGGUCUUGGGUUUAUGUACAUCAGAUAUACACAGGAUCCGAAGGAAUUAUGGGACUGGUUUGAACCGUAUCUUGACGAUGAAGAGGAAGUAGAUGUGAAAGCUGGCGGAGGUCAUGUGAUCACAAUUGGUGAGAUGGUGAGACAAUGGCUUGUCAAGUUAGAAUGGUACUCCACUUUAUUUCCACGAAUUCCCGUCCCCGUGCAGAAGGAUUUGGACGUAAAGUUGAAGGGGCGAAUGGCGGAAAAACUCCAGCAACAGAGAGAGGAAGCUCCGAGGCAUAUAGCAGAUGACGAGGUUAAUUUUGGCGAGGCAGAAAAAUAUGCAUCAAAUAAAAUGACUAGAAGAAGGUCUCCAACUCCCCCAUAUAGAUCUCGUGCUCGUUCACCCCCUCCCCGCAGAUCUCCACCCCGUCGGUCUCCCAUCAGACACAGAUCACCACAUCGACGUUCACCAUAUAGAAGAUCUCCACAAAGGCAUAGACAUUCUCCUCCCAGGUAUAGAAGGUCACGGUCAAGGUCACCUAAAAGGUCAAGACAUGAUGUCAGAGGUCAGUCACCUUUUGAUUACACAAAAGAGUUGCAGAAAGAGAAGGAAAGACAAAAUAGAGAGCGUGGAAGAAGCCACAAGUCACGGUCAAGGUCAAGAGAGCGUAAGAAGAGGUCAAGGUCACGAGAAAGGUCAAAGAAACAUAGGUCAAGGUCAAGAGAAAGGGCAGAGAAAAGGAGGUCAAAGGAAAAGACAUCAAGCAAGCAUAAGUCAAGAUCACGAUCUAGAGACAAAAAAAAACAUAGAAAAAGGUCAAGGUCGCAGAGUUUUGAUAGAAAUGGCUUUUGAUUGGUUGUUGUGUGAUCAUGUGACAUACAUUAUGUGUUAUUUACAUUUCAUAUUGUAUAGGGGUGCAAUUUAUAAAGAAUUUGUUGAUAAGACUGAUAAGCUUGAAGUCUUGUCUCACAAUACGUCUUGAGAUUUUUUUUAUGUUGAAAGAAAUUUGCAACCAUAUAUUUCAUUUUCAUUUAUCCUUGAUGUUCAUUUAAAGAAAUCAAGUAAAGUUUAUUUUAUAAUGAAAGUCAGAGGAUUGGCAGAUGUUAUUAUAUAAUAUUGCCAGUAUUAGGAACUAAAUUUUAUUUGAAAGUUUUUAUCAAGAUGUUGCCAAACAAUAUUGGUUUUUGUACAUAAUUUUAAUUUUGACUUUAAUUCUUUUGAUAAAGAAAUUUGCGUUUUUCUCUGUUAACUAAUAAACCCAAAUCAACACAAUCAGGUUUAUCCCUUUUGAUUAUUUUACCUGGAAGAUUAGAUUGCAGGAGAUUUUGGUUAAGAGUAUUUCUGGACAAAUUCCUCACAGUUAUUACCUCCCUUGGCAGAAUUGUAAUCACCACCUUCACAUACGUCACAUGAUGAUGAAAGUCACAUGACUUAACAUCCAAAAUUCAACCAUUGCUUAGAAAAUCUAACGUCAUUUUUCUCUUUUUGUUUUAUUUUUAACUUUUCGUACCUAUGUUUGUUCUAGUUUUAUCAAAAAAAUUAUCAAAAGUAUACAAAAUAAUGAAAUAUAAAUUCAAAAGUUAAAAAAUAUUUUAAACGAAAUAUUGUUAAAAAUGUGUGUGGUGGCAUAGAUGUCUCUACAAAUAAAGGGAGAUCACUGUGUAGGAGAUUAGGAUUUUGAUAGCUUAUUAAGAAUCUAUUUUCAAAGCAGCUUUCCUAAUUAACAAGCGUUAAUCUUUAUUUUUACUAAAAUCCAGUGAUAUAUGAAAAUAUAAAUUUUUUGACAGAAAGUCUGUGAUGUGAAUCUCUUGCUGUAUUAAUACAUGCAUCAGAGGUUUGCCUCAACCGGUCAAACAACGACAUUGAUUUGACGUAAAUCUCCACUAACUUCCUAAAACCAUUCUCACAUCCACUUCUCAAACUGAGCAAGGUAAACUGGCUGGCAUUUUAAAGCAGCAUGCCUCCAGAUUCAUGUUAGUUUUCAUGAAAAGUUUGGAAAUGUAUUUAAAAGUAAAAUAUUGUGAGGCAAACAAAUAAAGUAAUUUAUAUAUAGCAAUCAACACUUACAAAGCAAGAAAAUGACCAAAAAGUGGUUUGCAAAAACAACACUUAAUGCAUUAGUAACGCAGUAGAAAUUUGGUAAUAAAAUACUGCAAAAUCGGUCUUCACCCGCUAAUAACAUGUAAAAUAUAAAUUGGAUCUUCAAUAUUUUUUUCCUUUCUUAAAAGUUUAGAACAUUUUUCUCGAAAUUGAUUUUCUUGAAAUAUCUUGGCUCAUCUGGAGGCGUGCAGCUUUAAAAUAAACUUUAGCUUUGUUGCAGAAUAUGUUUUAUUUUGUAAUUGUUAUAUGUAUUUAGCUGUACCAUGUACUAGCAAAAUAUCUUAUUUUUAGCUCACCUGUCACAAAGUGACAAGGUGUGCUUUUGAGAUCACAAUUAGUCCGUAAACUUAGAACAACAUCUCCUAACAAACCGCCAAGCCAAUUUCUUCCAAAUUAUAAUUUAAACAAUUUUCUUUUAAAAAACCAAAAGAAUUAGAACUUAGAUAUUGAGAAUGAAACGUCUUCUAAUGAGUAUAUACCAAAUUUGUUCAAAUAAAAGUCCUGGGGUUAAAAAAUUUGGCCCCAACCAAGGGGGUCAUUGAUUUUCCUUAUAAGUACACUUCUUUAGGAACUGUUGAUUUUUCCUUAGCAAUAGCAACCAGUUGUGUUUUUACACUUGCACUAUUAUAGAAACAAAAAUGAACUUUAUGAUAAUAGUUUAAGAUUUAGAUUUGAUAUCUGUUUUUGUGGAUAGUUUACAAUAUUACUUGUUCCUUGUCAUGGAGAGUUUCUAUAUUCAGGUGAGCGUUUUCAGGGCCACCAUGGCCCUCUUGUUUAUUUAAUGUAGGAAUGCAAGAGCCAUUCAAAUUGUAUGUAAUAGUGAAACUGAUUACACAUUACUGUAGAAGAGUUUAAAUGUACUCUCAUGUUAGCAUUAUUAUUAUUAUUCUUUUUUAAUAAUGUAUCAUUAAAAGAUCAAAUUGCACCAAUGGUACAUACAUGUACAUCAAACUAGAUGACUAAUACAUAUCUUGUAUACAGAUAUACCAUGUCUUUUUAUGUUAUUGCACUUUUAUCCAGGUAUUAUUUUCAAAUGUUGCAAUGUUUUAUUUUGUAAACAUUCAUCAACUAUUGUAAUUCUGAAUCUGCGACACUCACCCCCCUGCCCCAGGAUAUCUGCCCCCACCAGUCUGAUAAUGUAACCGUCAACAUCCCCUUCAGGUGAAAUGCAAAGGUGGACAUACAUACACCCUCAAUUGGCCCAUAUUGAAAACGAUUUUGGAUCUGUGCUAAAUAUGUUACAUGCAAUUUUAAGUUUUCUUAUAUCACCAGUGAAAUAUUAUCAAUAUCAUUAUAUACACCUCAUUCUCUCUCUGUUUAUGUAUUUUAAUUCAGUAAAUCAUGAUUCUAUAAAAAAA